AUGUACGAGCUAUAUAACCCGCACUGUUAUAUGGUGAAAUAUUCCCAAACAUUGCAAAAAGGUGUUGUCCAGCACAUCACCAAAACCCACAACCUGAAAGGUCAACUGCCUGAGGGAAGUUUGGAAUAUUUGGCAACAACCAUUCGUUUCGUCACGCUGAUCUGCCGAACACUAUCGAGUGAACUCCAACAAGCCGCCCUAUCUAAGCUUCUGCGAUAUUUCUGUGUGCCUUUUGCUGCACUGCAGGAAACACGCAUGAGAGAUCGGCCCGUCAUCAGCAUCGAAAAUUACACCAUAUACUGCGGCAAUGCUGAUGAGAACAAAGUAGGUGGCUGCGCGAUAGCUAUGAGGAACGAUUACAAGAAGCUGGUGGAGGAAUUUGGCUCAACGUCGUCUAGAUGCGUACGACUGCGGAAUCGCAGAGGACACAAACUCUGGACCGUAAGUACUCACGCGCCUACGGAAACCGCUGAGGACAACAGUAAGGACGUCUUCAAUGAUGAAGUUAAUGCAUUGGUGUCUAAAAUACCAAGCCACCAAGUGAUUAUUGUCGGAAACGACGCAAAUGCGAAGAUGGAACUCGAACAGCAAUCCGAUGUGCUAGGAAAAUGGUAUUAUGCAGCAGAGCGCACGUCGGACAACGGUGACCGUCUAGUCGACCUGUGCGAACAGACGGGCCUCAUCUUCCCUUCCACGUUUUAG